AUGGAUGACGACGAUGACAGAAGCGCUCUCGAACAGGAUGUCGAAGACGAGGAGCCACUCACGAGGCGCGAUAUCCUCGGGCCAGUCGUCAAACGAGUCGUUGAUGCGCUCGGUGGGUAUGAAGGCGAUGUGUACAGGCUCGGUGACGAGGCCUAUGGGUGUCUUAAGGACCUCAAGAGGCUCUGGCGGAAGGACGACACUGAUGAUGAACGCACUGUUGCCCGCCUUUUCUGGGAAUCGCGCGUCCUGAUGAACGACAUCAUCCCGAUACUCCUCGAAACGGCAGGCAAAGGCUUAGUCGAGGACAAGCGAGCAAUAGCCUGCGCUGACCUCCUAACGGCGAUGACCUGGCCCAUCGAUAUGGCUGAAGAGCUCAAGGAGUUGGACGACGAGCUCGAUAAGGGCACCGACUAUACCCAACUCCUUCAGAGCCAUUUACACUACAAAGCGGCGCUCCUCAAGCCCGGCGUGAUACAGGCGCUCUUUGGCAUCUUGCUUCCACCGCUCGCCAAGCACCACAAGGAGCGUACGCCACGUGAUGGACAAAUCGUGCAUGUCGUACUCUAUCUCUUCCGGAACCUAGCCUUCAUCAAGGACCUCCCCAUUAACAUGCACCUCAGCUCGGACCAGGCCGAGUUCUCCGCUCUACAGACUAAGCUUGUCCGUGUCAUGUCGGAAACGCACACAUUCGAGCUCCUCUUCACCAUCGCUUCCAAUACAGGCAACGACCCUCUCUUCAAUACCUGGAACACUCUUGUCCUCGAGAUCAUCUAUCUCCUACUUCGAGGUACCAAGCCCACAUCCCUCACUCUGGAUCCCGCGAAGCAACCCCAAGAAAACCUCCGCCGGCUCCUAGCCACUGAAGACCGCAGAAAGAAAGAGAUCGCUCGCAAGGCAUCAUCACGCCAUUCACGUUUCGGAACAACUAUAGCAGUUUCCCUAAACCCCAACAAGAAACCCAAGCCGGCGGAGGACGCGGGUAACGAAGCUGACGUCGAGUCCACAAAGACCCAGCCCUUCGUCCUCCAUCGCCAACAGGCCAUCAAAGAAUCCACGGGUACUAUCUGGGACAUGAAAAAAAAGCCAACCAAGAAGCGAGACAAGGUCGUCGACGAACUCAGUCGAGCGGACAAUCUGUCGUCAGAAGCAAAGACAACACUGCGGCAAUUCGCCGUUAAUCUCUUGGACGGCUGUUUUAACUCGUUCUUGUCUGCGUUGAUCAAGGAUAUUCGGUCUGAACGGGCCAAGAUCACGGACAAGGACAAUCUUCGUUUACUCUACGUUACGAAAUGGUUCCUCGAGUUCUUCUUGGCCAUGCGAGCGAAAGAGAAGGACAAGGGGGGAUGGGGUUUCGAUCUUGUUGCGGAGGUUACGGAACGAACCUGGAUCGUCUGGGUGUUGAAACGGAUGAGAGAGGCCAACGAGGAAAAACCGAAACUGUGGACGGAGUUGCAAGCCGGAAUCGAAUGCCUUACGCAGUUGCUGCUGUUGAUCGAUAAUAUGGCGUCGUCCGAUAUCACGGACCCAGUAUUGAACGAGGCAGCCGAUAUACUGCAGCAGCAGUUGAUCUACAACGGAGAAGUGUUGGACAUUGCGUUUGAGAGUCUUAGAACGUACAAGGAGGGCACCCAGUCCUUGGCGUAUCUCGAUUCAAGUGUGUAUCUUGGAUAUUCGCUCCUGAGAAUGCUUGAACGCUGGGGGAAGAAAAAGUCCGGGGAAAUGUAUGUUCGUAAGAAGAAAACGAAGGGUAAGAGCAAAGGGGAAGUCCCAGAUGCCGAGGUCGAAGAAGUCGAAGAGGAGAAAGUAAUCCAUGAAACUAUGUUCACCUUCGAAGCAUUUGAGAUGAAAUUCGCCCAAACAGAUAUUAACCAUACGCUUCUGACGUAUCUAGCGCGAUACAAAGACUUUAGCUCGUCAGAGCAUAUGAAGCGGGUCGUCAACCUUCUACACCGCCAAGCCGUUAGGGCCAAGGCAGAAGGCCUAUUCUUCAAGGUAUCGACACUGGAUCUCUUCAAAACAAUUCUAGCCGAUCAACGGUCCUUUCCGCGAGAGCAGCCCUAUAGAGAUUUAAUUAAUCUCAUAAACUUCAUUCUGCGACGUUUCUUCAAGGCCCUCGAGGGUUACCCUUUUUUGGCAAUCGAGGCUUUCUUUCCCAAGAACCGCGGUCAUUGGAAGGUGUUUUCGAGUUAUGAGCCAGAGAGUUCGACUACCAAAGAGCGCACGCAAGAUGAGGAUGCAAAGAUCCCAGCCGAUGUGCAUGUUAAGAAAGGACACUCGUGGAGUGAAGAGGUUGGCAUCGUUGUGGCUGUGCUAGUUGAUGCCGGCCAAGAAGAAUUAGUGGACUGGACGAAAGAGAUUCUCACGACAGUUAUUGCCCAACGCGAAAAAAUCAUUGAGGAGACUGAUGCCCAAGAAAACGAUGCGGACUAUGAGGAUCAAGGGCCUGCCGUAAACCUCGACACUCCAUCAUCAGAGGCGCUUGCCAAAAUGCAAGACUAUCGGAUACCAUGUACUAAGGAUGAACAUGCGAACGCAGUCACGAAGAAUCCUCAACUCAAGCUUCUCUUCCGAUUGUGCAAGUUUUACAUUGAGAACGAAGAUGCGGACGAACUAGAGUGGUAUAUUCCGGCGGCCAUAAGUCCCGUUGAGCUGCGACGAACUCUGACGGUCAUCAAUCAAUUCUUGGACUCUCCGAUUGAUUUGAACGACAAAAAGGCUAGCCAGCUUCUGGCGAAGACGCGCCGGAGGAGGCGGAGGACCCGUGUGCAAGAAUCUGACCAGGAAGAUGAGGAAGCAAGUGACGAUGAGGAGCCUCAGCGGCGAAAGAAGGCAGAGAGGAAAAAGGAGGAAGAGCAGUACAAAUCGGCACAGUUCAUUGAGGACAGUGACGAGGAGUACGGCGAUAUGGAAGCGUUCUUGGCUCAGGAGAAAGCUCGACGGGAGAAAGCUGCGGGUAAAUCCGUUGCGUUGGGAGAGGGGAGAAGUACCACGAUGAAAUCGCAUGGCACGAAGAAACGUCGAAAGAAAGCGGGGGAUAAGGGUGACAAAAAAAGACGGAAAGGAGAGACAGACGAUAUGGCUGUGGUCGUGUUGUCUGAUGAAGUGAAGUCGGACCUGGAUACUGACAGUGAGGUGGAGGAAGGGGGGCAUUCAACAGGCGUUGAUGAGAGACCUCAGCCUCCACCUCCACUACCGAAGCCAAAACCCAUCUACAAACCCAGGACCUCGGAUAUCACGCCGCCAUCUUCGGCACUACAGGAGAAGAGAGAUCAUCAGACUAUCCCUAAGCGACCGGAGCCUGAGCCCGAGAGCCCGUCGUCGCUGCCUGUGAGGAGGAAAGGUCGUUUAAUUGUCUCUGAUGAGGACGAGUAA